AUGAAUCAGCAAACUUUCCUGCUGCUGCUUGGUGGCCUCGCUUCUCUGGCCUCAGGCCAGUCUGAGUGCCAGACAAUUGUUAGUUGCAAGUCUACGUCGACGGUUACAACAACUGUCCCAGAGGGCACAUGCACUCCCUGUCCGGUAACUGUGCCGACUACAGGAACCAUUUCUGGGACCCCUGGACAAGCUUCUGCCGCAAGUCCAGCUCCUGCCCCAUUAUGUACUACCGUUGUCCAACCAUGGAACCGAGUCGACCUCAUGUGGACAUCCGAACAUGCGAAGCCUGGACCGCCAGCUCCAGGACUCUUUUCUUCCAACUUUGACUUCGAAACCAUCCUCACCAUUACCGACGAUUAUCAAUCACUUGAGCGGUUUGAGGUCUAUCAGGACGACCAGUUUAUUGGCAAAACAUCGGAGCGCGGUCCAGGAAGUACAGCGAGAAAUGAUGUUAAAGACGCUGAUGAGGCCCUUCGACUCGGCUACUCCCAGGGCUAUUUCACCAUUCCACCAGGUCCACACACAUUUACCGUCACCUGGCUAGAAGCGGCAAAUAACCCAGCGGUUGCCAUUCCAGGGUGGAGAGGAGGCUCGCUCCAGCAUCGCUUCCAGCGGGUAGCACCGUGUGCUUAG